AUGUGCUGCGGACUGCGCGCGCAGCUCGUGCUCGCUUCAACGCAUGAUCCCCCGGUGUCUUCUGUUUCCUACGACUAUGACUAUGACUACGGCUGCGACUGCGACUACGACAGCGGGUUGACUACGAUAUCAGCAGCGGGAUGCGCAGCUCCGUUCGUUUUCGACAGCUACCAGCUCAUUCUCGUCCGCUUUUCCGACCACCCUUUGAGCAGAGCCUCGGCGGCCUGUCCGUGCAGCCCCGUACGCUUUGACGCCUACGAACUCGGUGUCUCUGGUGAAGACCUGCACGUGCAGUCUAGCGUCGACAACGUCGAUGUCCCAGUGCCCCACUCGCCUUUGCGCAACUACGACUACAAACUCAGCGACUACGGUAUCAGCGGCGGACUGUUAUGUUUCCUGUCAACGGUUUUCAUCUCGGCCCGGCUCGACUUUUACAACGACGAUUCGAGCAGCGAGCACUACGUGCACUUCUUCUCGUCAUUGAUAACUACGACUACGAUCCUGGCGAAACUUCGCGCCGUCCGGCCACUGCUACUACGACCAAACAUCAGUGGCGUACAUCUCCGUCCGAUGUCAACGACCACGAUCUCGGUGUCUUCCGCCUUCUCCGACUACGUGUUGACGAGCAGGCUCGGCGGGCCGUACGUGCAGAUCAACUGGCUUUCGAUGACAACAAACUCGGCCUCCCUCGACUUCUACAACUACGACUUGAACGGCGGGCUGUGCGUGCAGUACCGUCCGUUUGACGAGCACCAACUUAUGCUCGUCCGUCCACUACGGCUACGACUCAACCAGCGGGCUGUGCGCACAGCUCGCUUCGUUCUCGACGCAUACAUCUCGUCGGCUUCCUCCGUCUUCUACGUUUACGAGUUGAGCAGCAGACUGUACAUGCUGUUCCGCUGUUUUUCGACGGCUACAAACUCGAUCUCGCUCGACUGCCACAACUACGUCAUCAGCAGCGGACUGUACGUGCAAUCCCGCUCGCAUCUACGAACCCAACGACGGCGGCAAGCUGCACGUGCAGUCUCGUCCGUCCACUACGACUACGACCUCGGCAGCGGGCUGUACGUGCAGUCCCGUUCGUCUUCGACGGCUACGACUACGAUCUCGCCCGUCCACUACGACUGCAACGUCUGCAGCGGGCUGUACGUGCAGUCCCGUUCGUCUUCGACGGCUACGACUACGAGUCGGACGUCUAGCUGCACGUGCAGCUGGCCUCUUGGCCUCUUCUUCGAUUACGACGACGACAUCGACUACGACUACGACAUGAGCGCAUCAGCGGCGGGCUACGCGUGCAACCGCCGCUAUCAACGCCUUCGACAAGCUGGACGCGCAGCGCCGUUCGCCUUCGAUUACUACGAAUUUAUGGGCGGGCAAUUGAAACAGCCCGGUUCGCUCCCAACGACCUCGGCUCCAAGAUCAGCUACGACAUGUCGCUGGACCGAAGGCAACUCGAUCUACAACAACGACAACUACUACACCCGGGCUCGUCACGAGCAGCGCUUCGACUACAAAUACGACAACAACCGCGUCCACAUCGAUGACCACGCCAACGAGUAUGACAAGACAACCAGAGACUACGGCUACGGCGGCAACCACGACUGCCGGUACAACGAUAACGACGCCCACGACCAGCACUACGACUGCAGCAACCACAACGACUUCGGCUACGACGGCGACAACUCGGACGCAUACGAUUGCGAGCACAAGCACGGCAAGGAAGAAGAGGGGGCUGCCAGCUUUGGUUUACCACCGAUGGCCGAAGGCUCGACGUCCAAUACUCGCGACACGAGCCGCAUCCCAGCGAUAUGGAGGUCGGUUUACUCGCUGUCCGAUGUUGGUACCGAACACGAAGAGAGGAUGGCGACGACGUUGCGACUCAAAGACGACUACAUCGCCUUUGACGUCUUGUCAAUUACCGAUCCUCGACUGUCAUUUGCCCUGAGAGGAACGACUGACGUGACUCCAGAUCAAUCCAACCCCUUGAGCCGCUAG